AUGUAUUGGAAUUUAGCGCAUUUAAAUCCGGCCACAGCGAGUCAAUUUCAAUGGGUUUAUGGCAUAACGCCCAUGUCGGAUUUAACGGUCAUCUAUACAAGCUGGAUAGUGUAUUUUGUAUCGAUUGUAUCCAUACGUUGGUACAUGGCUGAAAGAACUCGUAUUGAUCGAUCACAUACGGUGCUUGUAUUUUACAAUGGAUCCAUGAUUCUGUGUAGCGUGUAUAUUUGUAUGACCGCCUCCUACUCACUCUGGCAAACAGUGAACAAGGAAGGCCAGUUUUUCACAUUCUGUCAUGCUGUACAGUACGCUCGAUACCCACAAUAUGGAGGCUACAUGUUUUACUCCAUGUAUCAGUAUUACCUCAUUCGUUAUUAUGUGUUUUUGGAUACGAAAUCCAUUCCCUUCUUACAUUGGUACCAACAUAUGUUUAUUAUCCUCAUGAUGUGGUCUUGGUUACAAGACCAAAGCAUUUUUGGAAGCAUAGCAACGAGCAUCAUUAGUUUUGUUCAAGUAUUUAAAUACUUGUAUUACUUUUGUAACUGUACCAACAUCAAGUCAAAAUGGAUCAAGAAUGCCGCUGUCCUUUUUCAAGUCAUACAAUUUAUCGUGGCUAUUGCAUUAACUGCCUAUCAAAUGAGCCUAUGUCCUCAAUCCAACUGUGUUUUAUUAAGUGCCAGUAUUAACAUUACAAUGGUUUACAUGGUAGUCAAAUACUAUGAAAACAGUGAAGGUGCAGUGGCCACCACACGUGAACAUUAUAAGCGAAGGAACAGUAAUAAAAAUAUACACACGACAGCAACCGUGUAA